UUAACAAGGAAAAAUGUGUUCACCAGCAAACAUCAUGAUGCUGAACAUCGGUGGAACUGUAUUCCAUACUUCCAAGGCAACUCUCACCGGAAUCAAUGGGUUCUUCAAAAUGCUGUUGGAGAGUGACAUUCCUCUCCAUAAAGACGAAUCCAAUUGUAUUUUCAUCGACCGCUCGCCGAAACAUUUCGACGUAAUCCUAAACUUUCUGAGAGAUGGUGACGUGGAUCUUCCUGAACUAGAGAAAGAGGUCAAAGAAGUAAGGAGAGAGGCCCAGUUUUACCUGUUGGAUGGUUUAGUCUAUUUGUGUAAUUGGAAAUUGAACACAGCAAUUCAUGUAUUAAAAAACGACACUGAGAAAUUGGAGUUUCAAAGGAAAAACGACAAGCCACGACUUUUGAUUAAGUAUGGAGAUAUAAACGAUGUAGUUGAGUACUGGAGAUUACGUUUCAAUAUACCGGAAAUCUUGGAAAAAUACGGAAAUAAAUUGCACAUUGCUUUUCAAAUCGAAUCAAAUAUAUGUCACUCAACACUUCAAUUCAAGGAAAAAAUACGAAUACUCACUAGACAUCCAACAGAAGAUCCAUAUGAAGAAUUCACAGGGUUUGUAGAUGAGUUUCUUGCUGAAAUUGUUGCUGAUUCUCGGGAUAAUGAAGAUGAUAGUGCGAAUAGUGAGGGUGAUGCUCACAAUCAGGACGCAGCACUUAUAUAAAUGGAGAACGUAUGUAUAUAUUUUACUUUCAGUCUCUAAUUUCUUUGAAUAAACACUAUAUAUGCUCA